CUUCGAAGACUCAUCUAAAAAAUACAUUCACUUUGAAUGAAAACUUCAUUCUAAAAGACUAGUACAAUAUAGUAAAGCUAGGGUCCUAUGUUAUAAAAAAACAAUCUUACCUACAUGACAAGUCAAUGAAUAAAAAAGGGUGAGAGAACAUCAACUACAUUUCAUUAUAACAAACUGAAUACAAGAAAUGAGUACUGGACAGUAGGAAAAAGUUACGAACAUUCAGUACUUUCAGUAAAUGGGCAACCCCUCCCCAAAAAGUUGCCUGGAAAAUUUCCUAGCAUUAGAUUUAAAAGUGGGGAUUUUUGAAGAAAAAUGAAUGAUACUUGUUAAAUAAUGAUACAGUUUAAAGCUUUUUUGAACGGUUUUACUAAACUAUGGAAUCACCCAAAACGAGCCAAAACAACCCAUAACCAGCAAAAACCAGGCCAAAACUAGCCGUAACGACCCAAAAAUUACGCAGAAUGGCCUAAAACGAUCCAAAACGUCGCAAAUAGCAUCGAGCAGAACAACUCUUUUCGUCCUGUGCUUUACGUCAGGUUCAACUGAGAGUGGAAAACCAAGAAAAUGGAGGCGAUGCUGUCUACCCUUCUAAGUGCAGAGCAGAUUGAUUGCAGCUUAUUAUAUUGUAUUUUGAGAUGACGUCGCAGCUUGAAUUCUACGUCAACGGGCGGAAAGUCGUGGAGAAAGAACCUGACCCAGAAUGGACUCUGUUGUUCUAUUUACGAGAAAAACUGAGCUUAUGUGGAACAAAACUGGGAUGUGGGGAGGGUGGUUGUGGUGCUUGCACUGUGAUGGUGUCAAUGUACGAGAAGGAGACGAAGACGAUUAAGCACAUGUCAGUGAACGCUUGCCUUGCUCCUGUUUGUGCGAUGCAUGGCCUAGCUGUUACUACAGUUGAAGGCAUCGGUAGCACGAAAACAAAACUUCAUGCAAUACAAGAAAGAAUGUCGAAGAUGCAUGCCUCACAGUGUGGAUUUUGUACGCCAGGUGAGUAGCACUAUAUGGACUCAGUCAUGCAAUCAUUGAGAAAGGUUAGAUAACAUUUCUCUACUUGAAAUUUUUUCACUUCUCUGGGAAGAAAUGUGCUGACAACAUUAGACCUCACCAAUGAGGUGAAUAGAAUACGCUAGAAGCAGUUUUCAGUGCAAGAAGUAAAGCCGGAGAAAUCGUAUUUGCACGGCAACAACGAAGAGGUGCUGAAAAACUCUUGUAUGAAAUGAAAUAUUAGGCAAAGAAUUUGAGCGAAAAUUCAGUUCGUAACGUAAAUAAUUCGAUUUUAAGGAAAACGGAAAAUAAUAGCAUAUUUCUGGACAUUAACAGUGAUGGUACCGAUCGUUGGUUUGGAGGAUCUAUAGGCUUUUGUGCAGUCCCAAAAUAUUUUUUAAACAAAACGAGUUUAUUGAUCUGAUGGCGAAUACUUGGUUUGUUCUUAUUUAUGACUUGUCUUUGUAAUUUUUUGUCGUAUCUUUGCAAUCAAACAGUCAAUCUUUUGAAGCAGAUAUUUUUGACGAGGUGUUUCAAGUGGUUACCUUGCAAGGCAUUGGUCAUGAAACUAGAAGGAAUCUAGCAAGCACCAGAGAAUUAAAUCACCCAAUUUAAUGGAUUGUUAUAAAAGUUAUAGAUAUUAGAAAGGCGUUACUAAGUUUUAUGGAUUGUAUCUGGUACAAAAUUGACCGCCAUCAGAAUAUGACGUCAUCUAAAAGUUAAUACAAUUUUAUGCAAAUGGCGUUGAAUUUUUCUGCUACUGAACGCCUUCUACUUGACUUUGAAGGUUUUUUCAUUCUUUGUUCGCAUCAUGAGAAUCCUUUUCUUAAAAUAAUAUUUUUUUCUCCUUCAAACCACUGCUGAGGUAAGGGGUCACGGUUAUUUGUUGAAUAACCUCUUCGCGAUUAUUACUUUUUCUCUCUCCAAUCGGUAAGGGGUCUAAAAUGAAAGAGUAAGGUGUCUACUCCCAAUUUUUUGCCUGGUUGUAGACCUUAGGCAAAGGUUAGCGCACCCUGGCGAUCCCUGUCCGGGAAAACGGCUUCAGUGCAUCCUGAAGAUCUACCGUUUUGAUUUGGCCUAGCAAUCCAGGAAGCCAGUAAGGAGGCUAUUGUGAUUGACAGCUUUUGCAAUUGGCAGCUCUUGUGAUUGACAGCUUUUGCGCUGUCCUUGACAAACUAGAGACUUUUCAACUUGUUUGAAAGAAAUACAAUGGCUUACAAUCAACAGCAACAACAACACAAAUACAAAAAAAGAAUUUUAAAGCAGCAAAGAGUGCAAUUGUUAAGACUUUUUUUUAUAACAUUGAAACUAAAGAUUAGGAAUGAAACGUCAGCAAACAGAAAAGAAGUUACAACGAUUGAAUUAUUUCGUUUUACAGGAGGUGUUCGUAAUAUAAAACAACUUAGCAUUAUCAGGUCCGCCAAACAAGUCACAAAUUUGAAAUUUCAUCUGACU